AUGGCUAAUGGUAAAAGUCCUCCAGUAUGGGUGUAUGCAGUUAUUAUUGGUGUGGCUAUUGGUAUUCUUUUACUCGUAAUUCUUUUGCCAAUGUCAUUCUCAUAUUUGGACUUUUACGAUUAUGGAUUUUUGAGACGACAUACAACGGGCCGUGUUGAUUUAAACAGAGUUUAUUCUGGUGGACGAUAUUUGGUUGGCCCAGAUUAUCAUUUUAAAAAAUUUAAAGCCACUGCGCAUCAUGUUAAUUUUAACCGUAUUAGCGUUUUUACCACUGACAAUUUGGAAGUUCAUUUGACGAUAUCAUUUCAAUUUUUUCUUGUUAAAGAUGAUCUACCAUUAUUACAUGCAGCCUACGAUAUUUAUUAUGAACCAAUUAUUGUGAGUAAUGCAAAAGAAGCAAUUAUCUCAUCAUGCUCUCGAUUUAGUACGGACGAGUUUAUUGAUAAUCGAGACAAAAUAUGGAAAGAAAUUUACUUUGGCGUUAAAAGACAAUUAGGUGGUACUUGUUGUCUUCCCAACUGUAAAACAUGUACAAAUUGUCCUAUCCAUGAACAAUGUGUUCCAAAUUGUACACCACGUUCCACACAGUGUACAAAAGAUGAAAAAGGCUUUUUUGCCGAAGUCAGAUAUUUACAACUACACGAUAUCGAUGUACCCGAACGUGUUAUGGAACGUCGUUUAUUAGGUUUGGUUACAGACUUACAAAAGGAACGAGAAGAAUUUUUAAAUCUUGAAGCUCUGUAUAAAAAGGGCACAGAUAUUAAAACAAAUCAGUUUCGCAAUAAUGCUACACAAAGUAUUGCGGUAGCUGAAGCUCAAGCAAAAUUAGCUCGUGAUCAAGCAACAGCUGAUAGUGCCAAAACCGUUGAAUUAGCUCGAGUCGAAAGUUUAGCAUUUAUGUGUGAUAAAUUAGGUAUUAGAGAGCCACAACAUAUAUCAUCAUUGCAGUACUUGAGAACAUUAAAAGAUUCAACGGAGAAUGUUAAAUUCAGUAUUGACUUUAGUCAUGCCAUUGCACAACAACAAACACAACUACAAGCACAACCAAAAUGA